AUGAAUUCUCUAGUGCUGAGACCGGUCAUUAGGCGAACGGGUCUGGCGAGGGAUCUUCCCAAGGUUGCUUUCACAUCUCAAUUCGUACCCUUCACUUCCCUAUCUCGACCACCACCCAAUUACGAGGGUCAUGUUCCGCUCACUAUCCCCGAGAGAGGAUUCCUUGCUGUGGGUUCGGCGGUGAUGUCACUAUUGAGCCCUCGGCGUGCAGACCUGAUUGCAGCUCUCGGAGAAGCUACAGCAACACCAUACUUCAUUUACAGGCUCCGAGAUGCCAUGCUAUUAUCCCCUACCGGUCGGAGGAUUCUCAAAGAUCGCCCCAGAAUUAAUUCCACCACAAUGAGUAUGGGGAAGCUACGGGAGUUGCCGGACGGCACCGUGGGCAAGGAAUACGUAGCGUGGCUAGACAAGGAGGGCGUCUCGCCAGAUACUCGGUCUCAGGUUAGAUAUAUUGAUGAUCCGGAGUGUGCCUAUGUUAUGCAGAGGUACCGGGAGUGUCACGACUUCUAUCACGCUCUUACAGGGCUACCUAUCAUGGUUGAGGGAGAGGUUGCUUUGAAGGCUUUUGAAUUUGCAAAUACACUUAUUCCCAUGACUGGCCUAAGUAUGUUUGCGGUGGCAAGACUAAAGCCAAAGGAGAGAAGGAGAAUCCUGACCACGUACUUUCCUUGGGCCAUCAGAAAUGGACUGCAGGCCAAGGAAGUGAUGAACAUCUAUUGGGAAGAGGAGUUGGAGACUGAUGUGAAGGAGUUGAGGAAGAGGAUCGGCUUGGAGAAGCCUCCGGAGUGA